UGACUGACAUCUUUGUCCACUUCAGCUUUCCGUCAGUCAGGCUCUUUACAUUAUGAGCAUCCUUCUGCAUAAUGUAACAGCUUCUCUCCCACUCGAAGCUUAAUGUUAUUUGCAGGAUUUUGAUUUCAGUCACAUCCCUCCAGUUACUCUGUCAUUCAUGUAAAAUCUGUGAUUCAAGCUUAUCCCAUUUAAUAGUUUCAGACAAGACCCUCAGUGUUUGGAUUAAGGAACCAGUGAAGCUGUCAGAUUUAGAUAUUGCAGUUGUGAUUUUAAGGCCUCACAAUUCAAGUCAAUGUAACCAUUAGAUUGAGCUCGGACUAUACCAAAUAGAGGAGGUAUAGUCUUUGCUUUAAUUUCUGUGUGUUACUCUAAAAGUUUGCUCUUCUUUAAAGUUAAUAUUUCUCCACAAAACUGUGUGAAAAGGACUCACUUUGGCUGCAUCCGACAGAGCGGUGCAACUGAUAUACUACUAAAAAGUGCGAUGAGUAUUUUAUUGUAUCACAGUAUUUUACUCUAAAGAUGGAGCUGGAAGAAGCAAGAAACUUCUGCGAAAUGCAUGCAGGAAACAGAGUGAUGCAUACCAGUCAAGUCACGCCGUUUUAACAGCUCUUCAUUGUGUCAAAAUCCUGCAUUCAUAGAAAACGGUAACAUACUGUUUUAUAAAUAAUGCUGUGAAGUUCUGGUUUGAUUGAAAGACUCCUAAAUCCAGGACCUGAACUACUGCAACUACUGAAUGACUAGCAGCAUGGUGGAAACAGAUGGUGAUGUAGAGAGCAUUACAGCUGCACAUUGAACUUUGUUUUAAGUCUUCUUUAAGCCACUUUUCCAUACCAACUUCUUGUGUUUUUCCCAACACAGCAAUCGCCCUCGUGCACAAAGCCAGGACAAAGAUAAGGCUUCUCCAGCUUGGUGCUGAGGAACUUGUUUUGACUUAACAGAGCCCUGACCUCAGCCCCAUCCAACACAUUUGGGAUUAACUGGUACACCACCCUCGAGCCAGGCCCUAUCGCCCAGUCGCCGACCUUAGCAAAGCUCUUGUGGCUGAGGGCGAGAAAAUCCCCGCCGCUGGGUUCAAAAGUCUCGCAGAGAGAAAGCAUCUGAGAGAAGUGAGGGCCGGUGUAUAUGCUUUAGAAAUGGGUGAUCUUACACUCACAUGUAAUUUCAGCACUUCUUCAUGUUUCCGUACACGGUUUAUCCAAUGACUGACAUCUUCAUGCAGCACUUUGCACAGGUACAGCGAAGAGGGCAGUGGGAUUUAUAGAGAUUAAAACCUUUCGGCUAAAUUAAUCUGGUAUUCCCUUGAACCUGCGCCUUUUCCGAUUCUGCCUCCGUUAUCUCUUAAAGCCCCGCUGUAGCUGCAGCCCACCCAACUCCAGAUUACUCCAAUCCAGCCUGAGUCUUCAACCGUUUGACUCCUCUGAUAUCCACGUAUUCGACUUUUAUCACAUUACGCAAAGAUCAGAUCGAGGCUGAAAUAAAUUCAUGAACUUCACUGGUGAUGUACCUUGAGAGAUAAGGUGAAAACCUGAGUGAGGUGCGCUGUUUGAACAAAGUAGAUUUGCUAAAUCGGUUGUGAUACUGCAAAAUUACUUAUUCUCCACAUCCAACCCAAUGACAUCCUCCUGCGGUCAUAAACACACCCAAAUGACUUUUAAAUCCAAUUGGCUCGGCAGCAUAAUAUUACUAUCUCUACAUGAAUUUUAAUUUUCCUUCCCCACUUAAGAUGUCACACAGCAAGACAGUGAGAUGGCCAUUAUGAAAUUAUUACUCAUGUGCACAGACCCGCUAACAGUCGACCCACACAUCUCUCUUUUCCAUCUUGUUUUGCAGAGACGGGAGUAUCUUAAUUAAUUUCACCUCCCCUGAAAUCCAAUUACCAACUGUAUGGAUUUUUGCUUGUUAUAUUUUAUAGGAAAACAUAGUUCACUGAUCCCAGCAGGUAUGAAUCUUCCUGAUUGCUUUGCAGUUUGUUCAGCGAUCUUUAUGAUUGUCUGAUGUUGUAAAGUCAAACAAUGUCAUUUUGAUUUCUUCCCCGUACAGCUCGGAGGGUUAUUCUUCGAUACAGGACCUCCACUUCCAGGAAAAAAACAUAUCCAAUAAUGCUUUUUCUUUGUUUUUAAGAAGCGUAAUUUAACGGUGUAGUAUUAAUUGUAAUAUAAAAGGGGAAAACCUGCAAAUUAGAUGAGUAAAUAGCCUGAAUUAUGCCACUUGAGUUACCAAACAAGCUGUGGCUGCAAUUAAAAAUCACAACCCUCUACCUGCUGGGAUAGGAAGGUAAGACUCUGAGUGACGCCACCACUGCAGAUUUUAAUUUGCGAAGAGGAACUGAGCACAGGAGCGAAGCCGUUGGGAAAAAAACGUGUAAAAAUAGCUUUUCAUUUGCCAUCUGAUAAUGACGCAGAAAUGACGCAUGAAUCAUGAUUGGGACACUGAUCUGGGGUUCCUGCUGGUGUAAUUAAAGACGGGGUCACAAAGAAAUGACGUGCAGACUGAUUUGUCAUGUCGAACUGCUGCAACCUUUGUUUUACACUCAAUCAAUAUGUGGCGGAUGAUGCAGGGGGAUCUGGAUCUCGAGAAGCGGCUGUCCACUUGGCAUGAAGGGACUAAAAGGCGGUGAAUCAAACCCUUAAGUGGACAUGUGCUUGUGUGUUUUCUGCGUCUUAUCUGGAAAAAAAAUCAAAACAGAGAAUAACAUGAAAACAAAUACUGCAGCUUCCUUUAAUAAAUCAAAUUUACCAUAAGGAUGAGAAAGCCGGAUCUCCGCAUGAUACCAUAUAAUGUCUUGUUAUGACCAGAGGACCACUUUAAUGUCUGUUAGAGGAGGAUGGAUGCUGUUAUCAGGAAGGGAAAAAGCCUCUGGUUGUAUAUCCGGAUGUUACAAGAGAUAAAAAGGUUUGACAUGAAGCUAAUAUCGCCAAAUAGCCCUUAGCUAGUGUGUACACAAUUUAAAAACUGUUUUUAUUAGUGGUUUCAGUCAUGAUAUUUGGUUCAUAUAUAGUCACUCAUCUUUUUCAUUUAUGAGACCCAUUCGACUCAAGGCCUUGCUGGCAGGAUGAGGAGCGUAUGUUUUAUAUUUUUAAUGUGAAAAAAAAAAAGACAAUUAUAAAGUACAUGCAAGGUAUUAUUGGGCUACAUUCAAGCCUCUGUGCACAGGAGUUUAAUGAUGCUCUUUUACAGGAACUUGCAGGUUUGGGUCGAGUUUGGUGCUUCCUGUGGACAAGGUGGUACGAGCUAACCCUUUGCUGAUGAUAUUGUCCUGUUCAUGAGUGAAUGACGGCACUGAGGCAUGACUGAAACUGGACUUUUAAAUACACAAAUAAUGCAAAAAAGUCAGUUUUUUUUUUUUUUUAUUAAUCAAGACUCUUGCAGGAGAAGUAAAAAAAGAAAACACCUCAAUCAGCCUAAAACUGUUUUAAGUGCUCCACAUUGACUCCACAGUUUGCAUGUCCGGCUCUUACCCAGAGGUCAGAGGUCAGAUAGCAUAAAUGUGUUGAAGGAAACUGGGCAGUAAACAAAACCUCAACAGAAGAAGAAGACGGGGAGUAAAUGAGAUGAAGCCAAAUAAAGCAUUGAGUGUUUGGGAAGGUACAGGAGCUGUUGUGUUGUUUAUAUUUUUACUGUUUGACUUAUUAAGAGAACUUUUUUGAUGAGUUUUACAGUGCGUGAUGUGAUGAGAAAACUAAAGUUUCACUUAGUAUUGUGAAAGCAGAUUUAUUAUCUUCAAGUACUCAGCUUUCACUUUAUCCUUGUACACCGGUACAAGGAGAAUACUCACAUUAAAAUGUCUAAUCAGGGUAAUUGGCUUGAUUGUGUAUGCAAACAUAUUGAUUUACACUUUAUUAAUAUGGACACAAUGACUCCAUACAGCUCCCAUACUCACUGUGAAAGCACAGUGAUUGUGUAUGUGGUUUGACCAUUUCUCUCACUGUUCUGCUCUGCUAUUCAGUGCGCUGCGAGAACUGCAUUAGUCAACAAAGCUGUCAAUCAAUUAUCUUAUAAAACAUGUACUUAAAUCUAAACUUCUUUGAGAAAUAAACUCUUGCACAUAAAUCGGAAUGAUUAAAAAUAGCUGUAAUGACAGAAACUAUGAUUGAGAAAUGAAUGAUUUUCUAUAAAGUUUACUUUUCUAUUUGAUCCAUAAUCUAUCUGUUAUAAAGGAGGAGGUGGGCUUUAUGAGCUAAGCUGCACCCAGCCACUAGAGGGAGCUCCAAAUACUCUGGCUUUACUUGAGAAAGUUGAAGGGUUUUGAAGGGUUUUUCUUGUGUUUUAUACAACCUAUGAUAUAAAAUAAGUUUUAUGAAAAAAUUAUGAAUAAUCAGGUUUCUCUCUUUUGUUUUGGUGUGUCAUAAUAAGGUAUUUCAGUUGGUUUAUGACCUGCUAAAAACUCCAACUGGUGCUUCAAUCUAUUUAUGUUCUUUUUUCAUUAUACAGGAAAUCAGGAAGGAACUACAAUCAGCAUACAUCCAUGGAGGAACACAGUAUGUCGUUGUUGAUUACAGGAUGAUUAUUCAUUCUGAGAGGCAGCUACUGUCAGCUAGCAAACCUCUAGCAUGGCAGACAGCCGGAGGGGUGCUAACAUCUCCUGUCAGACAGCUCAACAAGGCUGACAGCAGCACUGCCAGAUGUAUUCACACUCCCACACAGUCCAUCAUAUGUCAGGCCUGCAAAUCUGGACUUCUUCCUGCAGUCUGGACCCAGCCAAUCACCUGCUGCUUAAUUUACCCUGUGAGCUUUUUACAAAUUAUGCGGUUGUUGGAUCUCAGUGAGUAUUAUGCAUCAUCCACAGAUGCAGUCUGUUUGACAGUCUUCAUGUUUAAAGGCUUGUUUUUUAAGAGAAGCAGAUCUGCAAAUUCAGACGCUCACAAAUCUUUAUUUGCAGAUCAAGUUAAAUCUUUAGAUUGGAGGCUUCUCAACAAUUCCCCCACGCUCCAAACAGGAUGUCACUUUACUUCAUCUUCAGUGUACCGAGGAGGAGAGAGAGAGAGAGCCGCUGUGUAAAUUUCAGGGGAAAGUGUAAAACAAUGUCAGAAACAGAAUUUGUGAUGCUGAGGAAGUUAUUCCUUCUGUAAACCUCACGAGCAGAGGACACUGAGGACUUUUCAAAGGGAUUUUUUUUUUUAUGAACUCUAAAACUUUUAUGGCAACCACACCAACUUCUGGCUCAGCAACUUUGUCAAGGGCAUUUCUGUCAUCUCACCCAAGUGAAAACUUAACGCUCACACAACUGGCCAACAUAAAACUUCACUUUGGGGACCUGAGCUGGGUCAUACAGAGCGAAGAGAGGCUGCUUUAUGAAAACCAUAACUCACACUCUGUGCCACUCCUAUAAACUGCAGCAUGUUUAAAUUAAAUCUUUGAUAUUAAGGCAUAUAUCAUUUAGGAUUAUGAUUAUCCAGUGUUUGUGUCUCACUGUAUGAUCUCAUCAAACUUAAAUAUCAGCCACAUUUACCUGACAAGUCAAGAUGAGCAUCUUAUGUAAUAUUUUCAAUAUAUUAGAUUUGAAUUGUUUGCACUGAGUAGACAAAUCUGCCGUCAAGUGUUUCAGCUCCAGACACACCCCCUCUCCUUUGUGACUUCUUCAUCUAUGCUGAAGUCACAGUUUCCUAAAACUACAUCCAUGCAUCUCUCACUUGCAUCUUUUUAAUAUAUGAUAAACUGGGCAUACAGAACAAGAUAACUGUGCUGAUUUUGGGCCUGAUUUUUGAGGGUGGUCCAGUGUCAUGAGUGAGCUAACUAACUCAAAGAGGAAGCACAAGAAAUGCAACCAUGGCAACAAUAUACUGUAUAUAGAAUGGAUGCCGUCUGCCUCCUCACUGGGUGAAGCUACCACGAGAACAGCACCCUCUGGUGACGGGCUGCAGUACAGGUCAUAAAUCCCGCCUCCUCCAGCAAUCCCUAUGGAGCUGUGGACAAACUUUAGAAAUUUAUUACACAGAAUAUAAUGUUUUCUCCACCCUGGUUGCGAUGUUCAUAUGUAGUUAUUGUCAGACUGGUUUGUGCUCAAGUCCUCUUUACUCUGUACAGCUCCAUUUUUAAAAGUCAUUAGGGGGUUCAUGUUUUCUAUGACUGACACUUGAUACAGCUUAUGAGUGUACGAAGAUUGCGUAGAUCAUCAGGGGAAUAGGCUGUUUGAGCCGAGCA